CUAUUUUUGGCCCUCGUGACAGUAAUUGAUGGCUGGUGGAAAGAUAUAAAAGCAGCUGCCAGGUCUGGGGGUUUGCAGACAGCUCAGGGAAGAUUUCGCUCUGGACAGUGGCACAGCAGACAGAGGCCGUGGCACAUCGUCCUCACCGACCUCCUGCCGGCGAUCCGACGCGGACACAGGGCUCUGACUGCUGGCCCCCCAUCACUCUGCCCUAGCUUCCUGGGGACUUCCCGCAGACUGCCCUUGCUCAUCCAGCAUCCCUGCUAACCCCCAGACCCCCUCUGCCACAGGUUGCUGCUUCUCUGUCGCUGGCAGCCAUGAGGUCCCGGCUUCUGCUUUCUGUGGCCCACCUGCCCACAAUCCGGGAGGCCUCGGAGGAGAUGCUGCCCGGGGGGCCUGGGCAGGAACUUCCAGCCUCCCCCAGCCUGGAUGACUAUGUGAGGUCUAUCUGUCAGCUGGCGCAGCCCACCUCAGUGCUAGAUAUGGCUACAGCCAGGGUCCGACCCAGCAGACCCCACCGGACAGCCCGAGCCUGCGAGAAGAGCUGCCCCCCUGGGUCCCUGCAGGACAUCACCACCCACUUCAGCGCCCAGCAGCCUGCAGCGCCCAGGCCCAGCACUGCCGACCCCCUGGACUGGCUCUUUGGGGAGUCCCAGGAAAAGCGUCCAAGCAGGAGAGAACUGCCAAGGAUGACUGGUCCUUCUGCUGAGCCCAGGGGUCCACGCAGACAGAUGGACAGCAGCAACGCCUGGAGGGCCCACAAAGGGAGGCUUGGUGAUGCCAGGAUGCCCAGACACUCUCUAGCAAGACCACUGAGGGAUGGGCACCAGGACACCCCCAACAGCCGCUGCCCCAGCAGUGUCCUCAGAACUCUCUAUCUGCAGCUCCCGGUGAUCCAUGAACUCUGACCCCUCCUCAAUAAAGGCUUCUGUACCGAA